AUGUCUGUAGAGAUCGGGAGUGUGCGGGUGGCGGCCAAGGGAGAGAGACAGCGGCGCGGAGACGGCGACACCGCACUCACUCCGCUCCGCGUCAACCAGCCCAAGAUGGACAUUGUUCAGGCUGUGAAGGAGUAUGUGACCAACAUGAUUUCUGACGUAUCUGGCAUGAAGGUGCUGCUGCUGGACACAGAGACGCUGCAAAUGGUGUCAAUGGCAUACACUCAGUCACAGAUCCUGCAGCGCGAGGUGUACUUGGUGGAAAAGUUGGAGCUGGAGCGGGAGCAAAUGCUGCACAUGAAGGCGGUGUGCUUUCUGCGGCCGACGGGCGAGAACAUUGCGGCGCUGGCACGCGAGCUGCGGAGCCCCAAGUACGCCGAGUACCACCUGUUCUUCUCCAACACGCUGCUCGACGCCCAGGUCGUCGAGCUUGCGCACGCCGACGAGCAUGAGGUUGUCUCGCAGGUCCACGAGUACUUUGCCGACGUGUGGGCCGUGAACCCGUGCGUGUUCUCGCUCAACCAGCCGUCGAUUGCCGGCCCCACGCCUGACACCUGGGACGCGCUCACGUUUGGCCGGACGGUCGACGGCCUGUUCUCGACACUGCUGGCUCUCAAGAAGCGACCGAAUGUGCGCUUUGCCGGGCGCUCGGAAAAGGCGUCGCGGCUUGCAGAGGAGGUCAAGUACCGGAUGCAGCAGGAUGCCGAGCUGUUUGAGUUUGACCUCUACGGCGACUACGGCAGUGCCUCGGGCUCGCGACCGCUUCUGCUAAUCAUGGACCGACGCGACGACCCGAUCACGCCGCUACUCUCGCAAUGGACGUACCAGGCCAUGGUCCACGAACUGCUGGGCAUCACCAACCAGCGGGUUGACUUGUCGGGCGUGCGUGAUGUGCGGAAAGAUAUGCACGAGGUGGUGCUCUCGGCUGAGCAGGAUGAGUUCUACCGGCAGGUCAUGUACCAGAACUUUGGCGAUCUCGGCGUCUCGCUCAAGGAGCUGCUUGACCGGUUCCAGGCCAAGACCAACUCGAACAAGUCGGUCUCGACCAUUGCCGACAUGAAGCGGUUCAUUGAGGAUUACCCCGAGUUCAAACGUAUGUCCGGCAACGUCUCGAAGCACGUGGCACUGACGUCGGAGCUCUCGCGGCAGGUUGAAGAGCGCGGCCUGAUGGCGUGUUCAGAGCUGGAGCAGGAGAUGGCGUGCUCGAGCUCGGGCCAUGGCGAGCACCUCCGUGCACUCCGUGCCCUGCUCGACGACACCACCACAGGCAACGAGGACGCGCUGCGCCUGGUCCUCAUCUACGCGCUUCGCUACGAGACAAACUCGUCGAACGCUUGCUCGCAGCUUGUCUCAGCGCUCUUUGAGCGCGGACUCACCCAGGCUGACGUGCAGCUCAUCUCAGACAUUGUCGGCUACGGCGGCACAAGCGUCCGCGGUGGCGACCUGUUUAAGAACAAGAGCAUUCUCAAGAAGCUCAAGAAGCGCUACCGCCGCGGCCUGGAGGACAUCGAGAACGUCUUUACCCAGCACGUGACUCUCCUGGAAGAGGUCAUCGAUGAAAUGUUCAAGGGCAAGCUCCGCGAGGAGGAGUACCCGUACGCGCUCGGCUCGCCGUCGCGCGACCCGCCGUCGGACAUCAUCGUCUUUUUUGUCGGCGGCAUGACGUACGAGGAGGCCGCCUAUGCCGCCCGCCUCAACGCGUCGGGCACCGGCGUUCGCAUUGUCGUCGGCGGCAACUACAUCCACAACUCGCGGUCCUUCCUCAACCAGGUCGCCGAGACCAUGACCAACGCCGCGCCGUCGGCCUCGGCGGGCGCCUCCUCGUCGCGGGUCACCACGGCCUCGGGCGUCCGCGCAAAGUAUCGUCCAGGUGGAAGCGCCGGCGCCGGUGCGUCUUCGUCGCGAUGGUGAGACAUGACAGAGGCAAAGCAAACACAGUGGGAAGCGUG